AUAUGAAAGUAGAGUGAUUGAUUUUUCUAGAACCGUACCGCAAUUGAGAAUUGAUUCACGUUUAGAUGGAGUAUUUGGCUGUUUUGGCUUCCUGAGCCAUUUCGCCUUUAAACAACAUGUAAGGUCCUUGGACUAAGGAGUAACAUUAGGCUACGCUAGAAAAAUAAAUAAAUAUAUAUAUAUUACUGGGGAACAGUUUCACAUAUAACUUUCGAGUUCCAACAGCUCUCAAAAUGCGUUGUAAUUAGCCGCUUGUCUUAAAAAAUUGUUCACAUGUACAUUAACCCAUCGUAGCAGGCGUAAAAGAAACGUACAUGUACAGAUUCAUUGGGACACAAUUACAAUACCUAUGUAGCUAACGAGUUAGCUACCUACCUAGCAUAUCCUGCUGAAAACAACGUUAGCUGGCUAGCUGUGUUUAGCAUCGACGAUGGAGCAUGUAAUCGUAUACUUUAUAUCUAGAGUUAGCAGACUUGAUAGAAGUGAAGUGCUGGCUGUCAGACUCGUCACUCAGUCAGGUGUUUGAAGCUAGCUAACGUGACAAUGACAGGCGCAAAAGCAGGGUACUCUGCUGAACAGGGAUAUUUCAGGAUUAACAGCCAUUUAAAUCUGGGGGGAUUUAAUGUGUGUGCUGCAUGGAGAUGAUUAGUCGUCUGCUAACAGUGGGUCGGUCACAUAACCUCCAACAUUCAGCAGCCUGUUUUCACAGAUACAGACACGGUCUGUGUAGAGAAGGCUAGGGCUGUUUUGGUGCUAAUAAGAUAUGUGUGGUGUUUGCGUUGAAUAGGUUAUCUACAGAAUAUUUCCAUGUCAGUCAGGUGUUGUUGAUUGUAUCGGUAUGUACUUUUGUGGGCCUCUGUCAUAGGGAUGUGUAGAGUAGCUAGCUAGGUUGUUGAAGAUUGUAGUAGAGGUGUCUUCCAAUGCUCAGGUUUCACUAUUACCUUAGAACUGUUUUCAGUGUUCUAACGGAACAGGACUUUUCCCUCAGGUGUUACAUGAUAUCUGUGUGGAUGAGGGCUCUGUUAUAGAUUUAUGAAUACCUUUGUGUGUGAUAGGAUGUGAGAGAAAGGUUGUGCAUUUGUGUGUGGGACAGAGAGAGGGAGAGCGAGAUACUCUUUUAGACACCCUUUUCGACCUGGUUAGUCAGUACUGGGAAAUGAGUACAGUUGACAAAUUUGUUAUGUUUCAACACACAACCUGCCACUCCCUAGACAUACACAAAACUGCUGUGGCGUGCAACAACUCAUUUAGUUAUGUAAAGAACAUGUUAUUGUCAUACCUUGCAACACUAUAUUGUUCUUGGCUGCAUUCGUGUUAGUGAUGGUGUGAGAUUAUGAGUGUGUAAUUACUAGUGGUUGAAGUUUGUGGUGUUGGUUAAUGCUAUUGAUGUAAUCUAGUAGUUGUGUAACAUGCUCUCUGUUUCAGGAGGUGCCCUCCAAUUGCCUUCAUAGACUACAACCGUGUGUGACAGAAUACUGGAGCGAGUGAAAGGAAAAAAAGGGAGAGAGUUGUCUGUGGCUUCUUCUUUCUGCGUGGCUCCAUUUUAAAGGCAUCAUGGGAAAGGAGGUGUGGUUUCGGAGAUGGGAGGGGUUUUACCUGCACUGUCACAAAGACUGAAACAAACAGCUAAUUGAUCCAACGAGACUGAUCUCACCUGUGGAUGUGAACACUCUCUCAUACGAACAGAGCAUUGAAUAGUGUAUACUACAUUUGAGAGCUUUUGUAUACAAGCUUGAAUUUUUGAAAAAGCUACAGGUGGGCUUGGAUUGUUACUGGGCAGCUUUAGAUUUUUUGGGUUUUGUCCCAACCGCUGCAGCCUCCCCAGAAUAUAGACCCCGGAACUCUCUCCUUUGCAAGCAUUCUGUCACACUUUUCUCUGUCACACGCAAUCACAUUGUCACACACACACUCUAUCUCACACUCAGUGCCUAGAUACACCUUGUACAAGACCAGAGUUCAGUGGUCACUGCUCUGCUAGACACCCCUGUUCUGUUGUUUUAUAGGCAGUUCUGCUACUACCUCCUAAUUUCUGGCCCGCCUUGACCCUAUAUUUCCCUUACAAGAGAGUUUGCAAAUAGUGGUGAUAAAUGUCGUUUUCGAUGCCUGUGGAGGGUUAGGGUUGGUUUGUUGUCUCACCAGGUCAGGAAGUUGUUGUAAAAGCAGUUAAUUGUGUGUGCCCUUGUGGGUCUUUGUUGCAGUAGACAGGAGAGAUUUUGUUGAGGUAUUUAUAUUGUUGCACCAAAUAAGGUUACAUGAAAGCCAUACAUUAAUAUUUAUUAAAGUCGCAAUUCUUUUUGUAUCAUAAUGUAUAGUUUUGUUUUUAAAAUAUAUAUAAAAUGUACAGGUAUCUUGCUUACUAGCUAGCUGUAGAUAUACCUGCAAAGAUCUACACAUAUGCAAACAAAGGUGUAGACUUUACUAUAAAAUAGUAAGUAUUUUAGUUUCAAAGUGGUUUUAGUUGCUGAAGUGCAAAGAACUCGCUAGCUUUCUCUAAGAGGUUUCUCCCAAAUGGCUGCUUUCUGUAAUAAUACUAUUACUGGUACCUAAGAACCUUCCCAUCUACCAUCAUGCCCCCUUAUCCCAUACGAACACGGAGGUCUUCCCUCUGACCCUUCCAACACCCUUCUCUUUAGAUAUACCCCUUCUACCUCUCUCCCUCCCUCCCUCCCUCUGAUGCCGGGGUUCAGUAGUGGGGGACUAGGUGGGGAAGUGGGUGGCCCCGCCUCCUCUCCUCCCUGCCCGUUCCGACCCAGUCGCUACGUUCCCGUCUCCGCAGCAACCACCUUCCUGGUCGGCUCCACCACGCUCUUUUUCUGCUUCACGUGUCCGUGGUUGUCAGAGCAUGUCUCUGCCGUCAUUCCCAUCUAUAACGCCGUGGUCUUCCUCUUCACCCUCGCCAACUUCUGCAUGGCCACCUUUAUGGACCCAGGGGUCUUUCCCAGAGCGGAAGAGGAUGAGGAUAAAGAGGAUGAUUUCCGCGCUCCGCUCUAUAAAACGGUGGAGAUCAAGGGCAUUCAGGUCCGGAUGAAGUGGUGUUCCACCUGCCGCUUCUACAGACCGCCCCGCUGCUCACACUGCUCUGUGUGUGACAACUGUGUGGAGGACUUUGACCACCACUGCCCGUGGGUGAACAACUGUAUCGGGCGCAGGAACUACCGUCACUUCUUCCUGUUCCUGUUGUCCCUGACGAUCCACAUCAUGGGUGUGUUCGGCUUCGGCCUGCUCUACGUCCUCCAGCACCAGCACCAGCUGGACAGUGUUCACUCAGCUGUCACUAUGGCUACAAUGUGUGUUGCUGGCCUGUUCUUUAUCCCAGUAGCAGGUCUUACUGGUUUCCACAUGGUACUGGUAGCUCGGGGAAGGACCACUAACGAGCAGGUCACAGGGAAGUUUAGGGGCGGAGUUAACCCUUUCACCAAUGGCUGUCUGAGGAACAUCUCACACGUGCUCUGUAGCUCUCAGGCUCCCAGGUAUGUGGGUCGGUGGCGGGGCAAGCAGACAGUGGAGGUGCAGCCUCCCUUCCUCCGCCCUCCUCUCUCCGAGGCCCAGCUAGAGGCCAAAGUCCUGGACAACGGCAUCCAGAACGACCACCACAGCACCCGGUCUAAGAGCAGUUUAGAGCAGAUGGAGAGCCAGUCAGCAGAUGCAGAGCCUCCACCUCCUCCCAAACCAGAGCUCCGCUACCCUGGCCUGCCCCGUGCAGACACAGAGGAGAGCAGCUUGCUGUCUGAAGGUCCGUCCACUCCCUCAAUGUACAAGUACCGGCCGGCCUAUAGCAGCCCACAGAGGAACCACACAGCUCUGACACACCCAAACAAGAUGAUUCGUGGGGACAGUCUGGACUCUCCCUCCAUUCUCCAGUCGAGUCGCCAGCCCAGCUAUCGGUCUGAGCCCAGCAGCCUGGAUGGGGGGUCGGUAAUAGGUGUGGGGGCGCGUAGGGGGGGAGGGGAGAGGGGCGAGGGCCCCGGGGGGUCCAGUGGGACGGGUGGGGUUGUCACGGGGGGCAUCUCCGGGUACUCCCUAGGGGGGCGGUCGUACACUUCCUACCCUUCCUCUCUGGUCCUGUCCACCGGUGGUUCUCACUCCUCCAGCAUGCGCUCUGCCCACACACACCAUAAUACUCUGGGCACGCUGCAAUCAGAGGGCACCACCGACACCAGCUACAAGAGCAUGGCCAAUCAGACACCUCAGAACGGCAGCCUGUCCUACGACAGCCUGCUGACGCCGUCCGAGAGCCCCGAGUUUGAGUCGGCCGCUCACGAGCUGUCCCCUCAGAACCCCCACGCCCCUGCAGCGUUUCCCCCGGCGACAACCUUCUCCUCGCCACCCCCCGGGGUCGGGGAUGCGCCCCUGCAGGGGUACACCUCACCCUUCCUCUCAGCACAGAUGGCCCAGCAGAGAGAGGGCCAGCUGCUCCAGGGCUCUGCCACUUUCUCCUCCCCCAACAGGGCAUACCGCCGCGCCAUCAGUCCCCCCCUGCCGACUCCCCCACACGCUGCCCACCCCGAGACACAGCACCACCUCCUCCACCAGGACUCCAGACACCCACACCUCCGUGCCACCUCCUCCAUUCGCCCCCUUCCUCCCGUCUCUGAACAGCCCUCCCCCUCCUCCCUGCGUGCCUGUUCCCCGGACCCCCCUGGGUUCCCUGUGUCUCCCCCACCCAGAGGCCCCUCCCUAGGGAAGUCCCUCUCCUACACCGGGGAGACAGGGCUCCAGCACAAGGCUCGGCCAAUGGGAGGAGGCAGUUUGUCGGGAGAGGGCGGAGUCGGAGGGACCCAGGCUCCACAAUCCACCUCUCGCCCAGGCUUGGCCAAUCACAGCACAUCCAAACCAGGGGGGGGGGUGAAGAAGGUGACUGGCGUCGGAGGGACCACCUAUGAGAUAUCGGUUUGAGUGACAGACAUCCGCCCCAGCCAAAGAAUAGAAAGAAAGUUGUUCCACUGGACAGAUUCCAAUUUUCUUACUCUGAGGAGACUUAGAGAUGGAUAUUCACUAAAAUGCACGCACACAAUGAAAGGACUAUCCUCUACUCUUGGUCAAUAUGGAGUGGAUAGUGGAAUAGAAGUGUUUGGCUCACUGGUACUUCAAUGACCUUCGUAUCUUUAUAAUGCCAGUGGCCAUCUUUUUCUGCCUAUCUUUCAUAUUGGAUCGAAUGGCGACUGAAGUGGAACUCUGAAUGUUGAUCAGUGAUGGAAUGGGACAACCUCUCCUCAGUCUGUGAGCCAUAGACUGUAUAACAUGAACAUUAUUAUGACAGCUGGGUACUAAACUCUAUAACGCGUAUAUACAAAGAUGAUUUGUUUUGGAAAGGAGUGCUUUUGAACCAAUCAGUAUGGAGCCUGAGAGGGCGCAUAUGGACUGGUGACCAAUUGUGUCCCAUCAAAUGGAUGGACCAAUCACAAUGGAUCACCAAUCCACAGUAGUCACUAAUUAAUUAAAGUCUGCAGCGAUUAUUCAAAGACUGUGCAGAGAUGAUGCCUCAACCCCUACAAACACAGUUUCAUUUGAGUUUUAUAAAGCUUUUGUUUUUUAAUAUUGUUUUAUAUAAAUGCUUAAAGAAUCUUUAAGAAUUAUUGGGUCAAUUGGUCAGAUGAUGGAGAUAGCGUUUUGGGGUUUGUGAAUGACUGUGAAUAUGAGUUAGACUAAUCACUUGUUUUGAUUGAUGGCUGUAUCAGCCAGUCAUAAGGCUUGCUGGAAUUCUCAUCCACAGAGAUUGAUGAUCCUAUAUGAAGGCCAGCUGAAGUGGCCUUUCACUGAGGAUGUUGAAAGCCACAAAGAAAAUGUUUAUUCUGAAUCAUAAAUACAGCACAAGCAUCUUUGUGGAAUGUACACUAGAAACAUGUAUUAUUGAUACAUUAUGCAAAUUCUCUCUUUCUAGCUUUAAAUGAUUGUCAUUUUGGUGUUCAAAAUGUUUUGUCUGUCAGUCAGUGCUAGAAAAAUCUUAUAAGGAUGGUCAGCCAAACGUGUUUAGGGUGGGAAGGGCUUUAUUUAUUUUACCAGACAGGAAACCUUUGAGUUCUGAACACAAUUACAAACCGAUCUCUACAUCCAGGAGUUGGAUGAAGUUGCCCCUACACAAUGAGGCCUUUUGCCCCUAAUUGUUAGGGCACUAGGGGAGGGUAAGCUGAUCCUAAAUCUAUUCCCAGAAGGGUAACUUCUACCCAGAGACCACAUCCCUAUCAUAGUGCCUUGUCCUUAGAUUGUAAUGUACUUGGAAAAACUCAACAAAUCAAAUUCUGGGGGAUGGUUGUGGUUCUAUUAGCACAGAUAGGUAUGGUGUAAACAUAGGGAUUCUGUAGUAACAUUUGUUUGUUAAUAGAAAUAUGUAUGACGUGUCUAGGAGAAGGUGACUGAUGUCGGGGUUGGUUUGAAAUUGAGGACUAUUUUCAUUGGUUUUUGCCUUGAGACCAUUCGUAGUAAAAU